AUGCUGAGAAAACUCAGACACAAAUAUGUCCGUAUUGUAGCACGAGAAUUUGCUCAGGGUGUCGCGGCAUUUCCCACAGGUCAAGAGAUUGCUCUUCUGAUGCAGAUCUGUCUGCCGUCCUUGAAGUGGCUCGGCUUCAGCGAUGGCAGAGGUGUUUCAAUUGUGGUGCGGUGGUGGAACUCAUAUUCGGCUGUGAUCACAUUACAUGCAGAUGCAGCGCACAGUUCUGUUAUAAAUGUGGUAAACCGUGGUCUUCGUGCAUUUGUGUCACACCCGCAGAGAGGCCAGUGGAUUUUUUCGCAUUUGUGA